AUUAGAAUGAGUAUGGAAGAUUAUGACUACCUGUUUAAAAUAGUUCUCAUAGGAAAUGCUGGUGUCGGGAAAACAUGUCUCGUCCGGCGUUUUACUCAGGGCCUUUUCCCACCUGGACAAGGGGCUACUAUUGGAGUGGAUUUCAUGAUUAAAACUGUGGAAAUCAAAGGGGAGAAGGUCAAGUUACAGAUAUGGGACACAGCUGGACAGGAGCGAUUUCGCUCCAUUACUCAGAGCUAUUACCGUAGUGCCAACGCCCUCAUUCUCACAUACGACAUUACCUGUGAGGACUCCUUCAGGUGCCUUCCAGAGUGGCUGAGGGAGAUUGAGCAGUAUGCUAACAACCAAGUGGUGACUAUAUUAGUCGGAAAUAAAAUAGAUCUGGCGGACAAGAGGGAGGUCCUCAGGCAGAGGGCUGAAGAUUUCGCUCAGACCCAGAGCAUGCUGUAUCUGGAGACGUCGGCCAAAGAGUCCGACAAUGUUGAGAAACUUUUCCUCGACCUGGCGUGCGAACUCAUUCGAGAGGCCAAACAGAACAAGCUUGAUAACAAUGACACUGCCCCAAUGCCCGGCGAGGGUAAAACCAUCAGUUAUUUGAACUGCUGCAGUCUGAAUUAGAGGAAGCUCAGCUGCCCAGCUGUGCUAACACAGUAGCUCAUUGACUGUGAGCCCCAAUGCCUCCAUCCCAUAAAGAUGGCAUAAAGCCACCGCUAAGUUUGGUCAUUUUCAGUCUUAUGCCUCUUUUAGGCUGUACAAGAGAGCUAGUCAAUUUUAUUUUUAUUUUUUAAAGCUACCAUUAUUGAGACCACUCUCUUCACUGGAACAGGAAGUACAUAUUUGUGUGAUACUUUCUGGAAUCUAACUAGGGCUUCAUUUUAUCAAAAAAAAAGGUGAAGUGGCAAGAUUUAUUUUGUUUGUUUGGGCUUUAGGAUCCAUUUUUAUCAAACAUCAGUAUUCACCAGCAGUAUUAUGAGAGCAAAAAUCUCUGCCAGCUGUUUUGUUACAAAGCAAAUGUAGUUGGCGUGUUUCAUGAUCAUUGGAGGUUAUCAGUUUUGUUGUUUACAUACAUUUGUUUUGAAUCACCAAGCUUGAUCAAGUUGCAAAAAAAAACCUUUGAAAAUGUAAUUGUCAUUGUUUCUGUCAGUUCUGUUCUGAGAAUCACAUUCAGUGCUAUUAGCCUUGUCAUUUCUGAAUCAUUUUACACCUCGCAUUACAUACUGUGAAGCAUUUUUUUUCCUAAUGAGGUUUUUCACUUGCUGCUAGAAUAUGUUUUCAUGUCAACUAAUACAAACCGAAACCCAUUUAGAUACAAUAGUAUUGUAUGUCACUAUUAUUAUUAUUAUUAUUAUUUAGUAUUUUGACAGUGCUUGUGAUAGGUGAAUUAAUUUGAAGCAGUUGGAAAGCCUUCUAUCAAAAGAACUUGUGUGUCGUCUGUUCAGCAGAAGUUUUGAUUGUCAGCUGUUUGUAUCUGUCACCCAUAGACAUGAUUACGCCUGCGUUUGUCGCUGCUGCCUAGUCAUGGAAAUCGAAUGAGUUUGUCCAUGUGUUUCUAUAUAAUUUAAUCACUUACAUGUGCGAUUUUAUUUUUAUUUUUUAAAUUUUAUUUUUGCUAAAUUUCCUUAAUUAUUCAGCGUGGUAGUGUAUAAAUGUUUUCAUUUAUUUACCAUAACUGCAGUCUGCUGUAUUGCACAAUGUCGUAUACUGCACACUUGUUUAUUAAUUUUUAAAUCAUUUUUUUAUUGUAACAUCUACUUUAUUUGUUGUACAGAUUUAGUACAGUAGAACGUUUUUGCACUCUUUUUUAUAUUGUACUAUCAGUACUUUUUGGUUAGAAUGGUGAGCAUUCUGCUUUGCCUUGUAACUUAGAUUUAUUUGCAGUUACUCAUCUUUUGUAUCUUCCCAUCAACUCAAAGUGAGAAGUACAAUGAAAAUGUUGCUGGUAUGUUGUGCUUUUUUUCCUUUUGUGUACAAAAUAAUCCUGAACAUGCUCUGUAUAACAUUAAACAACUCUACUAAU